CCGGCCCCUGAACAGCGCCCGGCCCCCGGACAGCGCCCGGCCCUGCGACAUGGCCCGCCGGCGCAAGCCCCGCACACCCCUGGAGACCUUCAAGAGGGUGGGGGUCCCCAUCCUCGCAGCACUGCUGAGCCUGGCCAUCAUCGUCAUCCUGGCUGUGAUCAUCAAGGUCGUCCUGGACAAGCACUACUUCCUCUGCGGGCGGCCCCUGCACUUCAUCCCCAGGCGGCAGGUGUGCGACGGCCGGCAGGACUGCGCCGCGGGGGAGGACGAGCAGCUGUGCGUGGAGACCGUCCCCGAGGGCCCCCCGGCGCCAGCCCGCCUCUCCAGCGACAGGUCCACCCUCCAGCUGCUGGACCCAGCCACGGGGACCUGGGUCUCCGCCUGCUUUGACAGCUUCACGGGAGCCCUGGCCCAGACUGCCUGUGGGCUGAUGGGCUUUCACAGCAAGCCCACCUUCCACGCCGUGAAGAUCCGUCCAGACCAAGGGCUGGGCGUGGCUGUCAUCACCGCGGCCGGCCAGGAGCUCCAGGUGCAGAGCCCCAGCGGACCCUGUCUCUCGGGCUCCCUGGUCUCCCUGAGCUGCGUGGCCUGCGGGCACAGCCUGAAGGCCCCGCGCGUGGUGGGCGGGCAGCAGGCCUCCCUGGAGUCCUGGCCGUGGCAGGCCAGCAUCCAGUACCACGGGCAGCACGUCUGCGGCGGGAGCAUCCUGGGCCCGCACUGGGUCCUCACCGCAGCCCACUGCUUCAGGAAGUAUCUGGACGUGCCCGGCUGGCAGGUGAGGGUCGGCUCAGACACGCUGCGCAGCGCCCCAGCCCUGCCCGUGGCCAAGAUCUUCGUCACCGAGCACAACGCCACGGCCCCCAAGGAGAAGGACAUCGCUCUGGUGAAGCUGCAGGACCCACUCCCGCGCUCAGGCCUCGUCCAGCCCAUCUGCCUGCCCUUCUGGGACGAGGAGCUCCCUCCGGCCACCCCGCUGUGGGUCAUCGGGUGGGGCUUCACAGAACAGGGUGCGGGGAAGAUGUCUGACGAGCUGCUGCAGGCCUCGGUCCAGGUCAUCGACCGGGCGCGGUGCAACGCCGAGGACGCGUACCAGGGCGAGGUCACCGCGGACAUGCUGUGCGCCGGCGUCCUGCAGGGCGGCGUGGACACCUGCCAGGGAGACAGCGGGGGGCCCCUGAUGCAUCACUCCGGCCUGUGGCACGUCGUGGGCAUCGUGAGCUGGGGCCACGGCUGUGGGGGCCCCAGCACCCCAGGAGUGUACACCAAGGUCGCAGCCUAUCUCAACUGGAUCCACCGAGUCCUCACGUCGCAGCCCUGACGCCGCUGCCCCCCGCAGGCCUGGGACCCGCUCCCACCCUGCGCUGCCCCCUCGCGGACCCCGGAAGCCGGGCACCGGGCAAGCGCCCCUCGUCCGCCUCUCUGCCCACAGCCGCCCAUGUCCCGUCCCUGUGAGAGACCCUGUGCCCACAAGA